CACGUCCAUCGUUCGGCGUCAGAGCUGUGAGGUUGUCUUAGGCGGGCAGACAAAUUGCCGCAUGCGUGCGCCGACCUACUCUACGAAGACUCCGACUCCCUCGUCAGUAACACAAUCAACACGCGAUGAUGAGUCCAUAUUCUCCCCUGCCGCAUCCUCUUGGGAUCAUGUUUUCGAUAGCAUCAAGGACGUACCUCUCCUCCUCCCUUCCUCCUCCCGCGGACGGCCUCCCCCCCAAGGUGCCUCUGGUCGAGAACCUCAUCAGCAAACCAUGACUGCCCGGGAGAUCAGUGCAUUCGAUGAAAUGUUCAACAUGAUCUUCAGUGCGGUUGCGGAACAGAACAUGCAAACGCCGGGCAAGAAACCGCACACACUUUCUGCCGCAGUCGGUGUUGGCCGCACGGGAAUCAGGGAGACGACUGAUAUCUUUGGGAAGCUGCAUAGCCAGUCAAAAACGCUCAGGUGGCCGAACGAGGCCGACGAAGAACUAGACAGAAAGAAGGAGCAGAUGGAGCUGUGCAAUUCCGAUCAGCAACUGUUAGACUGGGCGAUGCGCGAGGUAUUUGGCGAAUCGAAGCGGUACGAAGAAGAGGCGCGACGUGCUCUUGAGGAUCCAAAGUCCUCAGGAAAGCCCGUGCAGCUGCAGCUGCAGCCGCCAUCCUAUCCCUAUCUGAUCGCGCUCCUCAUGAAGACGUUCCGCGAAAGGUAUGCCGACCCACACCUGGCGCUGUCGAUCUUCGAUCAUGCACGACAUCUAUCCAUUCCCUCGUUCGUAUUCGGAUGCACCACUCCUGCGUACAACGAGCUCAUUGAGACGCGCUGGAGGUGUUUCCGUGACCUCCGUGGCGUGUGCGAUGCGCUGGAGGAGAUGUGGGUGAACGUCGUAAGGCUAGACAAUCGCACGCGCGCAUUGGCGGAGAUGAUCAGGCAGGAUGUCGGCGAGCGAACUAUGUGGCAGGAGGAAAACCCCUUACGCAGCGGUGAGGUGCGGGAGAUGCUCGCGAAAAUAGAGGAUCUUAGCACCCGAACACGACCUUACCCUGGCAAAAAGACCGAGCCGCUUACCCCAAAGCUUGGGAAGAAGCGUUGGAGAGGCUCGCAAGAAUGGAAGAGAAACUUACAACCGGGCACGAGCAUGAGAGUUCCUUGGGAGGAUUUUGGCGAAUGGCCACCAGCGCCCGAGCGUACCACAGACGCAGACGACCCGGGAUAUUGA